UACAGUACACUCAGUUCCCGUCUGGAGUAAACAAGCCUCGACUGUCGGUGUUCAUUUAAUUCCUUUUUGAAAAGUUUCCGGGCGUGGGACGAUGGCAGGAACGUGUACGGACUGACUUGACCCGGCGUCCUCUUGCUUGCUGUGCACUUUUUGACUGUCUUUAGACCUGAAUGGAAAGUCAAGUCGGCAGCUCGCGUGCCAUGCAGGAAUAGAAGCACCGCGGAGGCGUCAUGUUAGCCACACAAACGCCAGAUGCACCGCAGGAGGCUAAACAUGUCAAACAGAUCAAAGAGAAGCUGGCGCAGUCGCUCAAAGCCCUGCAGAGACGCUACGUGACGUCGGAUGCGGUGGUCACCAGCGAAGACUGUGACGCCAACUUACUUUGCUGCGCGCUGGAGGCCAUCUUCAUCCACGGCAUCAAGGGCAAGUACAUCCGCUGCGAGGCCGGGGGCCGUAGGAGGAAGGGUGAUCGCGGACCUCUCCCGCAGCCCUUCUUCUGGAGCCUCCUUAAGACCGUCACCCACCGCGACGUGAUCACGGAGCUGGAGAAGAUCAACUUCGUGGGCACGGACGUGGGAAGGUGCCGUGCGUGGCUGCGUCUGGCCCUCAACCACGGCCUGCUGGAGUGCUAUCUGCUGUCGCUGUUCCGGGAGAGCUCCAAGCUGCGGGCGCACUAUCAGCCCGGCGCUCUGCUGCUCAAUGGCGAGGAGCGGGAGGUGCUGCUCAGCUACUUGCAAGGCCUGGCCUCACUCACCUUCAACCUCUCGUACAAGUCUGCCGUCCUCAACCAGUGGACCACCACGCCGCUCAGCCUCGCCGGAGUCUGUGCCCCGUGGCCGGCCGACACUCCGGACCCGCCCCUCAACGGUCGAGGUAAUCAGCCUGUGUGCAAAGACUCGUGGGAUACGGUGUCACAGUUGUCGGGGACUUCCGAUCCGGGGCCCCCGCUUGGUAGGGCCUCCGGCGGGGGCGCCGGAGCGCUCAACUCGUCCACUCUGAGCCUCGACACCACAAGCUCCUCCCAGCUCUCCUCCAGCUUGAGCUCAGACAGCCUCCUCCAGGGGCAGGACCCCCGCAGCCCCGCGGGGGAGCAAUGGUCCUCCUGCGACCUCGGCGGGAGCACCAAGACGCCCCUGAAAGAAUCGGCUCCCAAGCUGCAGGAGAAUGGCAACUCCAGUCAGGAUUCCAUGCGCGAAGACUCCUUUGUCUCCAGCACCGGCGCUGAUCACUUCUCCGACAGCGACCAGCCGCCCAGUCCCGCUCUCUCAGACACAGAGCCACUACCGCCGCCCGUUGACCCACCAUUACCCCACCAGAAGAACGUUGACCAUGCGCAGCCUGCCGUCCCGACGGUCCCAGAGGAGGCCGAGCUGGACCACGGAGAAAAAGGAGGCAAGAGUGUCCUUUGCAGGAAUCUGUCGUCAGAUUCCCUCAUGCGCUGUCGCUCCUGGAUCUCUGAGGAAGACAUCUACAAGCCUCGUGUGGACGAGGAAUCAGACCACGAGGAGCAACCGCCGCCCCCUCCUCCUGUUUCUCCUCCUGCUGCUCCUGCAGACUCACAGGCGCCACCAAGCGUUGUGCAUCGCCGGCAAAUGGGCCUCUCCAACCCGUUCCGAGGCUUGCUCAAGCUCGGCCACCUGGAGCGUCGCGGCGCCAUGGGGAUGUGGCGGGACCACUACUGCGAGCUGUCACCCUUCGAGUUCCGCCUCUACCUCAAUGCCGAGGAGCGCACGUGCUGCGACAACUGCUCUCUGCUUCGGUGCGAGGACGCUCGCCUCGCCUCGCCCGACGGCCGCUUCGAGCUGGCCUUUCCCGGCAAGCGGCUACACCUGCGCGCCGCUAACCGAGACGAAGCGGAGGACUGGCUGGACCGCGUCGUGGAGGCGGUCAACAAAUGCCGGCCUGUGUCCCGCGUAGACGAGCAGUGGGAGAUUCUGGAGGUGCCCAGCGAGAACUGCGUGGAUGACGGCAGCGUUUCUUUCCCGUGGUCCACCUCGUGCAGCCCUGAGCGAAGCUCCUCGCCUCCGCCGCUUCCCGAAUUCAAUUGGACUCGUGUGGCAGAUUUGGAAAGGGACGCCAUCAAAGAAGCGGUGCUGUAUUGUUGCCCGGACGCUGACGCUCGCUCGUGGAUGCCUCUCGUAUUCUCACUCUCCCUGGAAGCCUUGAAAGGUUUCCGGGUGCAAGAAGGAAGCAAGUUGCUGUGGAUGACGUUCCGCAUUCAGGAAGUGCGGGACGUGGUCCCCGACGUCGCUCUGGGCGGACCCAACUUUUUUAAACUCCUGACGCUCAGGGAAACGCUGCGACUGCGGGCGGAGACCGCGGAGGAAGCGCACUCCUGGAGGGCUUUGAUCCGCAGGGCUCUGGACUCCUACUUGGAAAGCGCUGAGGAGGGGGAAGAGACGAGUGCGGUUGGCCACAAAGGUGGUGGAAACCUGUACAGGCUGGUUCAGCACAGACUCAAAGAAGACGGAGCGCUGCUGGUGCAUCUGUGCAACGUGCCCGUGCAGAAAGGACUGGACAUGCAGAACUUCAAAUGUGCAGGCUGCCCCCAGCAGAUCGGCCCGUCGCUGGGACGAGCCCGCCUUUGCGAGUUUUCUGGCCAGUACUACUGCGACUCCUGUCACCGCGGCGACACCACCGUCAUCCCCUCGCGCAUGUUGCACAACUGGGACCUCAAUAAACGCGAGGUGUCAAAGAAGGCGCUGUGGCUGCUGGCUCAGAUGGAGCAGGAGCCUCUGCUGAACCUGCACCAGCUCAAUCCCAACUUGCCGACACACUCCGAGUCCAUGUCUCUCGUGCACAGGCUUCGGCUGCGGCUGCGGCUGCUGGGCGAGUACCUGCUCACCUGCCGCAGCAGAGCCUGCAAGAUGCUCCAAACUAGGAUGGAGCAGCGAACCUACUUGCUGGAGUCCAGCAGCCUGUACAGUGUGAGGGACCUGCGGGAGAUCGCCGAGGAGCAGUACACCUCAUACCUGGCGUCGCUGUGCCAGUUCGCCAGCAGCCACGUGUUUAGCUGCGACCUGUGCACACAGCGGGGCUUCAUCUGCCAGAUGUGCCACAGCGACGACAUCAUCUUCCCCUUCCAGUUCGACAGCACCGCCAGGUGCAAGGAGUGCAAGGCGGUGUUCCAUCGGACCUGCAUGGCGCCAGGCCGCUGCUGUCCUCGCUGCCUGCGGAUGAGGAAGUAUCUGGAGAGGGACCUGCAGGACUGAGGGAGGCCAGCAAGGGGCGCCAUCGUUCCUCCUUUUAGAGGAGCAGCCAACAACAACAAAAAACAUGCUACCACAAGUGCAAUUAUUAUUAUGGUCGAAAGUGACAGGUGGACUGAUCCUAAUUUAUUGCCCUGAGCAGCCACAGUCAAUCUUCAUCAUGAGAGCCUUUUUUUGUUUUUUUUUCCCCCCCCUUCUUCUUGCCCGAUUAGUCUUACAUGAGAAGUUGAUGGCUUUCCAUGCAAAAACCACCCUAAUGAGAUUGAUACUUGAAAUUAGUAACAAGUUCAAAUGUGCCUUAAGACUUUUGUUUUUCUUUUUACGCCGACGGGACUUUUCUUCAGGCUGGUGCUGCUACACGAGCUGCUUUUCCGACUUUUCUCAUGUAGCAAAUCAAGUCACCCAAUCACUUUGCACUGAGCUCCGACUGUUACCCGUUCGGGGCUGACGUUGGUUCUUUUUAACAGCGUUUGGACGGCUGUGUGGCAAAGCGCAGUGUUGACACUCGACAGUGUUUGAUCUUCACUCACACAGUUAGUCACGGACGAACAUACAGCUGUAUGUCCUCACGUGUGAUUUAUUAACAGCCAAAUAAAUGUUCUAUGUGUCACAUUCUGU